AUGCCUUCACGAAACGAGUUGUUCGCUUUGUCUACCUUGCUUCUUCAGGCAAUCGCUCAUCCUGCACCUGCUGCACCCGAAUCCUUUGACGAUCUCAGCCAGAAUGGAAACCUUGAGGUGUUUUUCAGUCAGGCCUUUGCCUACCAACCCAGUCAGGCUGCCCAUCAAUCCAGUGUCAUGUAUGGAGGUGAUCCCGACGACCACUGUGGGGGCGGCGGCCACGGGGGAGGAGGCCACGGAGGAGGUGGAGGCGGAUCAGGAUCAGGAUACCCUGGACCGCCAAUUACUGUGACUUCUGAUUGCCCACCUGCGCCUACAACUACCGUGACUAUAACUACCGAUGAUAGUGGCCAGGGUACUGGAACCAUCACCGUCACCGUCACCGACACGGUCACUGAUACAAUUAGUCAAUGCACUGCGACAAUCACCACCGAAGAUGCUGCAGCCGGUACUGUGACUGAGACCGAGACGGAAACAGAAACAGAUACUCUCAUCUCAAGCAUCACCGCAUGUACCGCCACAACAACUGACUACACAACCGUCACAACCGAUGGCUCAACAAUCACCCAAACAGUAACAACCCCCGGUCCAACCAAGACGGAAACAUCGACAGUCACCCAAGCCGCUGAGACGGUUACUCUCCCCGGAUCCACCGAGACCAAGACCGAGACCAAGACGGACACAAAAACAACCACCAAAACCAGCACCGUGACCAACAAUCAAAUCGUCACCUCCACUUCAACCAAAACUCAAACGGAGACACUUGAAGUCACGAAGACCGUCACAUCCGAUGACUGCGGCGAGACCGGCGGCGGCGGCGGUCUUGACUACGGCACUUGCUCCGACCCAACUAUCAAGUGGGAGUACGGCUUGGAUGGCCGCACAGAGUAUUCUUAUACCACCAACAACCAGAAGGACUUCACUUUCGGCUCAUCGCCUACCAUCGGUGCCCCCGAGGAUUUGGUCUGCAAUCGUCUGAAGAGUCCUUGUAAUGCGCCCCAGGCGACUAUUGACCAGUGCUACGAGGCGGAGAAGGCUACUGCCGAUUUGUCCGGACAGGAGGCUGCGGAUGUUUGGAAUGACAUGAUGACUUAG